AAUGGCGGCCCUCCUGGCCAACGCCCUCGUUGAAACUCUGCCAGCAUGGUCUGGUCUGGUCUGCGUGCAUUUCACCGCCCACAGAUGUGUUGUCCAUAGCUUUAUGAUUCUUGCGCUUGUAAUUACCAGACAUGGCGAAAUCGUCUGAAGGAAAUACUUCUAUCGCCGCUCGCCUGCGCCGUAUGCCGCAUUCCGCCAGCAAUCCCCCAGCCGCAUAAAUGAUCCACGUCGUCUACCCCGCACUCACUUCCGUUAACAUUUGACACUCAGCGCAUUAAUCAUUUUUUCUCUCCACUCGUCAGCACGAGCUGUUCGUGCGGACCACGCGAUGGCGCCGCCUUCCGGUGAUGGCGCUGCAUCUCAGCCGUCCGAUCUAGAAUCCGGUCUGCCAGCCAUCGUUCUCCCCGCAAAUGCAGCGCUGCGGUCGCCGCCCCUUCCGCCGCGCUCCGCCACUGUCCCCGGCCGUCCGCCCCUCCCCUCCGCCUCUUCCGACUCUGGGUCGGAGGGGCCCUCGGCCUCCACUCCCCCCCGCGCGCGUUCCCCCGCCUACACACCGCGACCCUCCGCCUCCUACUCGCCCUCUUCUGGCGGAAUGGGCUACUCCGCGCGCCCCGCGCCGUCCCCCCGCGCGCUGCUGCUGCAGCGGUCGCGGUCGGGCGUGCUGAUCGGCGCGCGGUCGUUCGGCGGAACGCAGCUGCCGUGGGAGCCGCCCAAGCGCAAGCCGCCGCAGCACACGGCGGAAGUGGGGGCGAGCGACGCCGUGGCGCAGAGCCUGGACUACGAACUGGAGGAGUCAGAGGAAGCAAGGGCCGCAGACAAGCUCGGGCUGGGCGAGGCGAUGGAGUACACGGCGGCCAAGUGGGCGCUGGUGCUGCUGAUCGGGUGCAUGACGGGCGCCGCGGCCUUCUUCAUCAACAUGGUGGUGGAGAACACCAUGGGGGCUAAGCUCGCACUCACCAUUUCCCUGCUGAAGGGUGGCAGCCCCAUGCUGGCAGUGCUGGUGUACUCGUUACUGAGUGCUCUGCUAGUGGCAACAUCAGCAGCCCUCUGUGUGUUUGUGGCGCCAGCAGCAGCAGGGUCGGGAAUCCCGGAGGUGCGGGCGUACCUCAACGGCGUGGACAUGCCCAACGUGCUCGCACCACGCACACUGCUGGUCAAGAUAUUCGGCAGCAUAGGGGCGGAGGCGGGCGGCUUGGCGCUGGGGAAGGAGGGACCGCUGGUGCACAUAGGGGCGGCCAUCGCCUCGCUCUUUGGCCACGGGUCAAUCCGAGACAGGCUCGUGCGGAGAGAGAGGGCUGGGGGUGGGGGUGGAGGGGAGUUGAGCACAGGUGCGGUGCGGGCAGCAUCAUUAGGCGAAUCUGAGCCGUUGCUUCAGCAGGGCAAUUUUGGAAGCGGGCGUAGGAAGCGCGGCAAGAAGGUGGCGCAGGAGGGAGGAGGAGGAGGUGGGGGGGGAGGCGGAGGGGGGAGUGGGCGGUGGUGGCUGUUCUACUCAGGUUGGCUGCGCUUCUUUGACAAUGACCGUGCGCGUCACGACCUGGUGACCAUCGGCGCCGGUGCGGGUGUGGCGGCGGCGUUCCAGUGCCCGCUGGGGGGCAUCCUCUUUGCGCUGGAGGAGCUCACCUCGUGGUGGAAGAAGAAAGUGGUGUGGAAGGCACUCUUCACCAACGCCGUGGGCGCCAUCGCGCUGAGGGCGCUCAUGGCGGCAUGCCGUGGGGGCAGGUGUGGGCUGUACGGCGACGGGGGCUUCAUUCUCUUCAAUGCGCAGAGGGAGAGCGACUUCGGCCUGCGCGAGCUGCUGCCGGUGCUGGUGCUGGGCAUCACCGGGGGGCUCAUCGGCGCACUCUUCAACGCUGCUGUCGCCCGCCUCGCAAAGCUACGCGCCAAAUACAUCAACCCCUACGGCCCGUGGUGCAAGGUGCUGGAGGCGGCGCUCAUCGCCAUCCUCACGUCGCUCGCCCGCAUGGCGCUCCCCUUCUUCUCGCGCUGCCUGCCCUGCCCGGAAAAUGAGGUCUGCCCGGCCCCCACCCUGAACGGCAACUUCAUAGCGUUCGCGUGCCCGGCGGGCAGCUACAACGCGAUGGCGGGGCUGGCGCCCAUCACCAACGACAACGCCAUCACCAACCUCUUCUCCAACACACACGCUGAGUUCCCCCACGCCACGCUGGCGCUCUUCUUCGUGGUGUUCUUCGCGCUGGCCAUCAUCACCAACGGCUGCUCCGUGCCCGCGGGGCUCUUCGUGCCGCUCAUAGUGGCAGGCGGCACGUACGGCCGCAUGAUGGGCAAGCUCAUGCGCGCGCUCUUCCCCCCCUCCAACCCCACAUGGCUCCUCCCAUCCCUCACAUCCCCGCUCCGAUCGGCUGGUUUGCUCUGGAGCGGAGGGGCGUCUGAGUCCGACCCCGACACGGGCCUGGACGAGGGCACGUAUGCGCUGCUCGGCGCCGCGUCCAUGUUGGGCGGCUCCAUGCGCAUGACCGUCUCCCUCUCCGUCAUGCUGCUGGAAGUCACCGGGAACCUUCUGCUCCUCCCGCUGAUCAUGCUGGCGACGACCAUCGCGAAGGAGGUGGGCGACUGCUUCAACGAGGGCGUGGUGGACGAGGCGAGCCACGUGAAGCGGCUGCCCAUGCUGGAGUACCCGCCGCCGGAGUUCAUGAAGAACCUCACCGCCCUCGACGGGGUGCGCGGCCCGGCUGUGGCGCUCAAGAGCGUGGAGCGCGUUGGCGAGGUGCUGCGCGUGCUGCGCUCCACCACCCAUUCCGCCUUCCCCGUUGUGGAAAUGGCGGUGGUGGGGGAGGAGAAGGGCGCAGUGGGCGGGUCGAAGGGCAGCAGUGAGGGGAGGGGAGGAGAGGGAGGGGAGGGGGAGGAGGAGGGGGCAGUGCAGCCGGUGCUGUACGGCAUGGUGCUGCGCUCGAAGCUGCUCAAGCUGCUGGCGCGUAGAUCCACCUUCCAGCACGACAAUCAAUGCGCCACUGGUAAAAAUGCCUCUUAUAAGCUUCCUCUCUCUACAGCGACAACACCCGGCGCUUUGCAGGAGCCUAGAGCUGCCACUCGUACAGUGCGGUUUGAGGGCGUGCCGGACAGCCCUGAGGCAGCCAAUGGGGAGAGGACACGUGGCAGGGCUGAAGCUGGGGAUGCAGGAGGGCCGACAUCAGGGAGGAGGCUGGAGAAAUCUCUCUCACACAAGCACCGCACAGCGACUGCGAUAGUGAACGCUAAGGAGACGCCUUGUAUUGAGGACAUCCAUCUGAGUGUGGAGGAGGAGGACAUGUUCCUGGACCUGCACCCCUUCUGCAACACCUCCCCUCAUGUGGUGGGCGAGGCCAUGAGCCUGCGCAAGGCGUACGCCAUCUUCCGGCGAAUGGGGCUGCGCCACCUGUGCGUGGUGCGCGAGCGCAUGCAGGUGGUGGGCGUGCUUACAAGGAAGGACCUGCUGCCCAACUCGUUUGAGGAACACGGCCUGGAGGAGGAGUGGGAAGACGACGAGAGAUAUAGCAGUGACGACGAGGACGAGGAGGAGGGCGAUGAUGGUUCAGCACAUGGGGCUGAAAGAUCUGCGAGGAGUGAUGGCAGGGAGGGGCUGACAGAUGGUGGUGAGAGUGGGGGUUCCGCAGGGGAGGGCAGGGUUGUUGCGGUGGCGAGUGAUGGGGGUGACAGUGGGAUGCAUGGGAGUAGCCAUGGGAGUGACAGCGAGGGCAGUGUGGGAGGCACAAGGAGGCGCAGGAAGCGUGCAAUUCCUUCCUUCAUCUCGCGCUGCCACACGCAGAAGUACCACUGAGCAGGGCACGCUGUGCAACAGGCAAAUGCGCAAUUCAGUUGGUGUAUUUUUCCGGGAUGAGCACGUGGGAUAAGCAGCUCCGCCACCCCCAUCCGCUCUGCCUCGGGCUCUGGUGGCAGCACAUUUGAGCGUGGCCUUCCCAGUAAGCUGUGUUGUGUAGGCAGGAUGGCAGGACGGCACCAUCAGAAGGGCAUGCUACAUGUUGCACAUGUGUGGAUGGUGGAAGCUGCAACAUUGAUGAUUACCUCACAGGCAGCCAUUCCCUACGUAUUGAAGACACGUGGCUCAGCCCUCAGUUGAACCCAUCAGUUGAACCCCAGUUCAACCUCAGGUUUCCCCCCAUCCCAACCCCCUCUACACAUGGAGUGUCGCACUACAUCCAUGCUGGCUUCUGCUGUUCCCUUCAGGAUCACGCAACGCAGAGCUGAGUUGGAUACCCAAGGCAAGGCCCAUUACAGUGCUGAGACUGGAAGGUGGAGCAGGUUGUGACACGUCUCACGCAGAUGGCUGCUUGCAUGCAAUGGGCUU